UAGCGAAUGCAUCUCUUGAGUCACUCUCUUGCGUUUUGAGAAAAACCCAGUUUUUCACAGAGGAAUUAGUCCAGUCAUCUCUUCAAGAAGCUUUUUGUUGAAAACCAACCAACAAAUCGUUUAACUACAGAGUCUGUCAGCAGACAUUCAUCUGUGGAGAAUAGCUGCCGUCGGAAAGAGACGCUGAAAUUUAUCAGCUCUUUAUUCAGCGACAGCAAAUCAGUCGAAGUGCCAACAUGUCGACCAGAUCUACAGCAGGCAAUACCAGGAAAGUUACAUUUGGUCAGGCUUUGGGGACCAAGCCUGCACCGGUCCACCAACAUGAGGACGACCAGGAGAAAAAGGCUUUAAGAGAUGAAGUGAUGAGGUUGACUCAGAUUGUAGAAAAGCAGCAAACUGAGCAUGAAGACGACGUUGCUGUUCUGUAUGAUGAGCGGAUUAAGACAAACAAAGACCGUCGAGAUGCCAUCAGAAGGGCCGAUCAGCUGAAAGUAUCUCUGAUCGCAGAAAAGAACAAAACGAAAGAGAUUGAGAUCUGUUCGGCCAAGCAGAUGGAGGAAAUCUCUAAAUUGCAAGCUGCUCUGGUCAAAGUGGAGAGCAAUUUGGAGGAACAAAGACGGCAGUGGGAGCAGGAAAAACUCCGUCUUCUGACCAAGAACCAAGAAACAUCUGAGGUGGAACAGCUGAAAUAUCAGCUGCAGGAGCAGACAGUUAAGCAUGAAGAUCAGGUUGCUGCUCUGUAUAACCAGCUGAUCAGGAAAAACAAGGAGAGUCAAGAUGCCAUCAAAAGGGCCGAACAGUUGAAGGAAGACCUGACUGAGGAGAAAAACAGAGCAAAAGAGGCUGAGGACUGCUUAGCCCAGCAAAAAGAGGAGACAUCUAACCUACAGGCUGCUCUGGUCCUCAUGGAGAGAACUUUGGAGGACCAGCGACGGCAGUGGGAGCAGGAAAAAUCCCAUCUUCUGACCAAAGAACAAGAAAGAGAGCAGCUGGUGAAGCAGUUAGAGUCACAGAAAGCUGAGGCAGAACAGGAGAUAGCUGAUCUGCGUUUGGAGCAGCAGAAAAACAACCAAAGUCAUCAAGAUGCUGCAAGAAAAGUCAUUCAGAUGGAAAUUGCUCUGGUUGCUGAGAAGAUCAGAACAAAGGAGGCUGAGAACUGCUUGGCUGAGCAAGUGAAGGAAAGCUGUGAUAUAAAGGCUGCUUUGGUCAAACUAGAGAAAGACAUGGAGAGCCAAAGACGGCUCUGGGCCCAGGAAAAGUCCAGUCUUCUGACCGAGCAGCAGAAAGCUGUCAGUGAUGUGGAAGCUGCUAGGAAAGACGUUCUGGAGGUUCUGCAUGAUGAAAGGCAGGAGUGGCAAACAGAGAAGUCCUGCCUUCUAGAGAUGGUUGCAACAACAAAUGAGCUUCUGAAUGAGGCGGAGGUGAAGAGAAAAGCUUCAACACUGAACUUGAUAGAGAAACUGAAAAACCUGCAACAGGAGAUGGACAAAUUACAGGAAAGCAAACCCAAAAAGACAUCUUUCAGGAGAAAAAUUGCCAAACUCUUUAAAAGGUCCAAAAAGGCUCCAUCUCAGUCUGAAAACUAA